UCCAUCGUUGCUUGUCUCUGCGGCACACACAGUCAGCGAUGGCGUGCAAACAGUGGAAAUAACAGUUUAUUCAUUUGCUUACUGCACUGCUGUAAACGUGUACUCAUUUAUUCAAUUAUUAACAAUAUUUGCACAAGCAAUAAAUAUGUUUUUGCCAGUGAAACCGCAGUUUGCUAUUGUUCUGAUAGCAGAGAUUGUCAAAGGGUGAAGAAUGGAAUAUGUAAGAAGGCAAGAAUUGCUUUACUUAGUACGACAGUGAAAGUGCAACGAUAAUAAUCGACAAAAACCAAACAGAAUGCUUCGUUAACAAACGCUGCGUUUGUGCGAAUACUAAUCGGUCGAUUUGAAGCAAACAACGCAGACUGUUAUGUGGUGCUAUAAUAUUUAUACAGAUGUAUAAACAGUUAAUUCAACAUAAGAUUUAUAUUUAUCACAUCAACUUUAAAGUCAAUAUCAGUCGUUAAGAUGGACAAUGGUGGCUAUAACCGAGAUCCAGAAAAAGGCACCGAACUUAGUUUAGUAGAAAAUUCACACAUUAAGACACCAGGAGACAGCGAGAAGGCAAGCAAGUUGGGAAAACACACUAAAAACAAUCAUCCAGAAACUGCUGACACAGAUCAAGAAACAACGCCUAUCCGCACGAAGACUAAAAAUCCCGCCAACGCCGAUCCUAAUACACCUUCUUCAUACGGAGGUGGCGCAGGUGCUUCCGGUAGUGGUGGCGGCGGUGGACAGCAACCAGAACCUGGUCCUUCAACAUCCUGCCGCCCGGAAGUGUGUCAGCGCGCACGAGAACGGUACACUGCGCCAGAUCUCCGCGGCAGUCCGUGGCAUCGUAGCAAAACUAUCUUUUUAUUAAUCACCAUUAGCUCACUAAUUAUCUGGGCAAUUAUCUAUUCGACACUAAGCCAUCUGAAUCUAGUGUAAAUCCUGUAAUUCUCUUGUGAUAUCUAUGACUUACUUUGUUAUUGUUUGCAUAUUUAGCACUAAGUGUAUUUUAAUUAACUAUUAUAGUUGUUAUAAGAAUUUUACUAGUAUAUCUCUGUUAGUGUGUAGUAUUUGAUAUCUGGUAAGUAACAAUAUUCUAUAUAUACCUAUAAGUAUACAUAUAUGAGACGGAAUAAUGAGGAAUUGAUAAAAACCUAUUUGUUAAACUUAUCUAUGAUAUGAGAACCAGUACAUGAUAUACUGUAGUAUUAAAUGUUGAAAGUUAAAAAAAAUUGUAUACAAUUUUUGUUUAUUUGGCUUAUUUUUGGCUACUUGUUAAUGAGCCAUAAUACAAAAAUACUGGAAUUCACCAAUUUGCAUAAUAAAAAACAAAUUUUUUAAUACAUGGAAGCUCCUACUAUAUAUUUUUUUAUAUUUAUGUUAUAAUCAUUGUGAACAACAUACUUUUGUAGUUAACGCGCAAAUACUUUCAAGGUAAUCCACUGUGAUUCUAUCUAGUUGAAUACUAUACUCAAACCAUCAAUAAAACUUACAUUCGCAUUAGUCUAUCCAAGUAAUUGUUCAGCAACGGUUGUAGAUUACUGCAACAUGUUAGUUAAACAAUAAUAUAUUGCUACAUUUGAUAAAAAUUUAUUAAUAGAAUUGACACUGUUUGUAAACUAACGUUCAAUAUCCAAUACAAGGAAAAUUAUUCAAAAUAUUGCCUUGGUUUCAUUGGAAUAUAUUUGCUGACCGUUAUAUCACAUUUGUAUUCAGUAGCGAAUGCAGAAGUGAAAGAACUGUUUAUAUUAAAGUUCGCCGACUCGCCAACUCUCGGACCUGUUGCAGCCGGUACAAGGAAUCGAGGAAGAAAGUGAGAGUUGGUAUUUCGUAUUGAGUAUUAAAUAAUCGUGUAACGAUCGAUUGUGCGAGUCAGCUAGUCAACAGUUAGGAAACGGUGUUUAAACUGUGACAACGUCUUGGCUGGAAUUAUUUCUGUGAUAAAAUCCUACCAUUGAAGAUAUUGAGAAAAGUGCAUGUGCAAUUAUUUUUGUUCACAGAGUUAAUUGUCUGUUUCGAAAAAAUGCAUAAAAGCACUGAUGUCCUGACUACUAAAGAUGUUGAAAUGGUUUGUAAUGGAGCACAUGGAGCAAAUGUAACACAAAAACCAAAAAAUAAAGUAAUUCUUAUUGCGUGGAAUACUCAAAAGUCGUACAUAUUUCUGAUGUUGUCGGUUUGUUUCAUUGCUUGGGCCUGUAUUUUUUCCCGUUGCGAGAAUACUACAAACUGUAAAAAUAAAUGUAAAAGAACAUAAAAUACGUAUUUAUGUAAUAAUAUGUAUUAUAUCUUAGCUCAUUAAUUACAAAAUCCAAUUAAGAAUUGCAGGACAACUGCUAUGUACUAAUAAUCAACUCAUAGGUAUGCAGUGUUUUUGAUAUUAUCUACUAUAUCAUGCGUACAUGUUUGAUAAUAUUAAAGUUUUAAACUAUUCAGUUAAAAAGAAGUUAAAAUUCUUCUUGGUUUACAUCUCAAACGUUUGUCCAUAGAGAUGUUUAUAAAUUAUAAAUAAAUAAAUAAUAUAUUUAAUAUUUUACAAAAGAAA